GAGAGUAGGACCGCUGAGGGCUGGUUCCUCUUUUCUCUCUCAGUGAGAUGCGCACAGCUCCAACUUCCUCAUGCAGCCCAGUGCGCUGAGCUCUGCCGCCCCGUCCGCACCUCCAGCCCAGCCCGCACAACAACUACCGAGAAGGGAUGGAACAAACAAAGGAGAAAUGAGGAAUAUUCUUUACAUUGUCACCAGAGUCUAGAAGAGCACACACAUCCGAAAAGAACAAGAGUCGAGGUGAUUGGUUGAAGCGCGCAGCACCAUGGGCUGUGUGGGCUCGAAGAAGGAGUCGGAGCCGCUCGGCAAAGGGACGGCCAACGAGGAGCAGAACCGUGCCCAGCAGGCGGCCCACUACGUCAAAGACCCCACCACCGGGACCUCCGGGAACAAGGCUAGCAAGAUGCCAUCCAAUGCAAACUCUUCAGAAGGAGAGAGUAUUGCCAUAGCACUGUACGACUAUGAGGCCAUUCAUGAAGCUGACCUUGGCUUCAAGAAGGGAGACAAGCUCAAAAUCUUAGCGGAAUCGGGGGAGUGGUGGAAAGCAAAGCUUGUGAGUACAGGUCAGGAAGGCUUCAUCCCCAGCAACUAUGUGGCCAAAGAUACUCUGGAGGCAGAGGAUUGGUUCUUUAAGGGCGUGAGCAGGAAAGAUGCUGAGAGGCAGCUGCUGGCCUCGGGGAACAAAGGGGGGUCCUACAUGAUCCGAGACAGUGAGACCACCCAGGGCAGCUACUCCCUGUCGGUCAGGGACGGGGACACGAGGACCGGAGACACAGUGAAACAUUAUAAGAUCCGUAUGCUGGACAAUGGAGGGUUCUACAUCUCUCCCCGCAUCACCUUCAGCACCCUGCAGGAGCUGGUCAGCCAUUACAAGAAGCAGGGAGAUGGUCUCUGCCAAACCCUGACCCUCCCCUGCUUGAGCCCUAAACCUGAGAAACCGUGGGAGAAAGACGCUUGGGAAAUCCCCCGAUCAUCGCUGAAGCUGGAUAAGAAGCUCGGAGCCGGACAGUUUGGAGAGGUUUGGCUGGCUACAUACAAUAAGCACACCAAGGUAGCAGUGAAGACCAUGAAGCCUGGCACCAUGUCGGUGGAGGCCUUCCUGGGGGAGGCCAACCUGAUGAAGGCUCUGCAGCACGACAAGCUGGUGCGCCUCAACGCUGUGGUCACCAUGGAGGAGCCCAUCUUCAUCAUCACCGAGUUCAUGGAGAAAGGCAGUUUAUUAGACUUCUUAAAGACUGAUGAAGGAAACCGUGUCCAGCUCCCCAAGCUCAUCGACUUCUCUGCCCAGAUUGCAGAGGGCAUGGCUUUCAUUGAGCAGAGGAACUACAUCCACAGAGACCUGAGGGCUGCCAACAUCCUGGUCAAUAAGGCUUUGGUGUGCAAAAUUGCUGACUUUGGCCUCGCCCGUAUCAUUGAAGACAACGAGUACACAGCCAGAGAAGGAGCAAAGUUCCCCAUCAAAUGGACGGCCCCUGAGGCCAUCAACUAUGGCUCCUUCACCAUCAAAUCAGACGUCUGGUCCUUUGGUAUCUUGCUGACUGAGAUUAUCAGCUAUGGACGCACACCAUACCCAGGGAUGACCAACCCGGAAGUGAUCCGUGCCCUGGAGAAGGACUAUCGGAUGAAGCGCCUGGACAGCUGCCCCGUGGAACUCUAUGAUAUCAUGCUGGAAUGCUGGAAAAACAAGCCUGAGGAGCGUCCCACCUUUGAGUACCUGCAGAGCGUCCUGGAGGACUUCUACACAGCCACAGAGAGCCAGUAUCAGCAGCAGCCAUGAGACAUGUCUUCUCUUAGUGCUGUUCAUUCUCACAGCAGGUCCACUUUCUACAGUGAAAUCCAGAGCACACACAUGUUCUCUCUUUACCACUUUCUGUUUCUCUUUUGCACACACACAACCAUCAUAGAGACUGUACAAACAUUAUUGGGGAGGGUUGAAAGUCUUUAAAAUAUAUGUGUAGCAAGCUAGACAAACAUUUUAUUUUUAUUUUCAUUCGGCCCUCAUUCCUUUGAAUGAGAACAUUUAAAGUAAUAGGACUACAGAAUAGAAAUACAAAAACAAUAUUAGCAACGUAUCAUUUAUUAUUAUUAGUAAUGCAAAAACAUUAUGAGAAAAUAUUCUGACCUCCUACCAGUCUGAUGAUGAUCUGAAGGUGUGGAUUUAGAUUAGCAUGACCACAGCUGCAUCAGGUCUACUGGAUAGUUUUCUGCACAAAAUUGACCGUAAAUCGUCUGUUUCCUUCACAGUUAUUCCACUGAAUUUUGAAGAUGAACAUUCAUAAACAUAAAUAUAAAUAAAUGAAUUAAAUUUGAAUAAAUGCAUAAGUAAUUAGAGACUAGUGUCACACAACACAACAGGUAUAAAUAAGCAGCAAGGACAGUUUGUUUUCUAAAUGUAAGUAAAAAUAGCACCUUUGCUUGGAUAAGCUCUAAUAGUGAACAGGCAAGCACAUCAAGACUGGUAUUUUUCGCAAAUUGGAAAGGGAAAGCAGGAUUUAAAACAAAUCUGACCAUACACUGUGCUGUAAAAUAGUCUGACUGCUAUUUUUCUAAACAUAUAUAAAAUAACAAUAUAAAUAGCAAAUCCCACUACCCUGAGCCUCUUAUACUGUAUGUACAGUCUCUUGUAAAAAAGUACAGAGUAACAAGAUAUGUCUAUAUUCACAAACAAACAAACAAGGCCACCUGAAUGCAGUCACAUGGAAGACACUGGAUUUAGUUGUUGUGCUCCAGCAAACAUUGUGCAUCCUGCUCCAUAACACA